GAGAAGAAGUAGAAAAGAUACAGCCUCUCUUCAGUGCCUGGAAGGGAAAACAAAAUAACUUCAACUCUGUUUUGAAAAAAUUCUUUCCAAGAACUUUCUUCAGAGAUUUUACUCAGAUGAUGUAUACAAUGAAGAAAGAAUAUGUGUUUUGGGCCUCUGUAUGUCUGCUGCUUAGUCGUGCCCCUGCCCCUCUUAAGGCUGGUUCUGAGGAAGGAGCAAAACUUACAAACCUUACAGAUAUUAAGUUGCCACCACUGAAACUUAUAAAUUCAUUUUGUGCACUGAAGGCGGAUGAUGGCCCAUGCAGAGCAAUGAUGAAGAGAUUUUUUUUCAAUAUUCACACUCAACAGUGUGAAGAAUUUGUAUAUGGGGGAUGUGAGGGAAAUCAGAAUCGAUUUGAAAGUCUGGAAGAGUGCAAAGAAAAGUGUACAAGAGAUUAUCAAAAGAUUAUGAAGACAGCUUUGCAAAAAGGGAAACCAGAAUUCUGCUUUUUGGAAGAAGAUGCUGGAAUUUGCCGAGGUUAUAUUACUAGAUAUUUUUAUAAUAAUCAGUCAAAACAGUGUGAACGUUUCAAGUAUGGUGGGUGCCUGGGCAAUCUAAACAACUUUGAAUCAUUGGAAGAAUGCAAAAACACCUGUGAAGAUUCAGUGAGCAAUUUCCAGGUAGAUGAUUUUAGAAUCGAGUUAGAUGCUGUAAAUAACUCUUUGACUCCCCGACCUACCAAGGUUCCCAGGAUUUUGGCUCCCUUUGCAUCUGUACAUCAACUCCUGACAGCUGCCUUGGGACUACAUCACCUUUAUGAUAUUUUGGAAAAAAAAAAAAUCUUCGGGUAGACUUCAAAAACCUACUGCCAAUCCAAUCUAGAACUUGCCUUCUGGCUGAGAAAAGGAACAUUUACAUAGCCACCGCACCUCAGAUUCCUCCUGCCAAACUCCAUGUCAAAGGCAAAGGAAAGGAUAUCAUCCUGAAGACCAUUUAGCUAGUUGAAUCUCUCUCUCGACUGUAUUCAGUGUAUGACCUAGUGCCAGAUUCUACAUAUAUAUGAAAACUGAGAAGAAAAUAAUUUUUCUUAGUUUUUGGUUAUCAUUGGCUUCCUGGAAGAGGUAUUUUGCUCACAGAUGACCUGAUCAACAGCCCAACACUAUCACUGGUUGAGCCAAUUUCAGAUUUUCAAGAAAAUGUUUUCUCCUAUUUGGCCUUUUGUUGAAGGUAUAAUUACAUAUAGAGGAAUACCACAACUGGAAAGAAAAUAUUCUCCUGUCAACUAAAAGAGAUACAUUCACAGCUGCAUAUCACAGUUUAAUCACUAGCACUAUCAACAAUCCUGAAGAACCUCACUUCAUCCACAAUCCACUUCCAUAGUCCCAGAGAAGUGUCCUGCCUCUUAUAAUGUGUUCUCAGGCCAAGAAGCAUAGAAACUUCCUUCAUAAUCCAAAUAUACCUGCAUGGUAGACCUCGUGCCUCAUGUGCUGGCACUCUGGCAAGCUGGCUUUCCAAAAACAGAUAACAACUUAUGGAGAGGAUCUAUCAGGCCACCUACUUCCUGGCAGGAACCCUGGUGAGAAAGAAAAAUGUGGCACUUCAUCUCUGCCAAGAGUUCUGUCAUCCAAAUGCAGUCACCCUAGGUGACCACUGCUUACUUUUGCUAAUCCCUUUCUUCCUGGAUCAUCUUCGGGCCUUAACAAAGCUAAAUUUUUGUCCCAGGCAUAAGAGUUCUCCAAAACAGUGUUUCUCAGACAUGAAUAAUAUAUAGACAUUUUAAAGGGAAAAAAUUACAGACUUCCAAUUAGUAAAUCAAACUAUUUAAAAUGGCAUUAUUUUUAUAUGAAUAAGAAAAAUAGGUAUAAACUCCUUACACUUGUGACAAUCACACAAUCAUAAACCAAGACAAAUUUACAAAUACAAACAAUACUAUGAACUAAUAAAUUAACAAUACUAUUUUGCUACUACAUGAGUGUUUUGCUAAAAAAAAAAAUCCUAUUGUAAUAUGAAUCUGGUUUUGAGUGCUAUAGGGCAUGUUAAGAGCGAGUUGAGAAUAGGUUAGAAAUGCCUGUGCUAUCCUAUGUUGUGUGAAAUUCUUCAACUACUUUUUUUCUAUUUAACUACUGCAAAAUUUUUGAAGGACUGUAUUUGAGAAGCAUUGAAGUAAAAUGUGUUGGCUCUGAGAAUCCCAGCUUCACCUCUUCUAGGAAACACAUCUAUAUGGUGUUUCUUGUUUUCUAUCAGAUCCAAACGUUAUUAAAUGGAUCUGACUGACUGUGCAAAUAUGAUCAUGGAAUGCAUAAAGGCCUGGGACUUUUGCCUGUCAUUUCUAUAAUCAGUUCAGGUUAAGGGUGCCAAACAUAAUAAUCCUUGCCUUCAAAUGCUGUCUCUCUGAAUACUGUUUGGCUCAGCACUGUUGUUCCCAAGACUUGUUUCCAGGCUCUUUGUUUGGCGCACCACUUUGAUUAUAUAUCUUUCUCUUGUUCAGACUGGAUAAAUUCCAACUUCAUGCAGGGGGAAUCUGGGGUGUGUUGGCUAUGUAAGUGUUCCUUUUCUAUGUCUUCCAAUUAUUUUUUAGGUAGUUGAAAGCACUGGAUUCAUGGACAAACACAUGAGGGUUUCAUUUCCGUAAGCUGGCCAAAGUCUCACCACCCUUGCUUCUAAGGAGCUUUCUGGGCACCACUGAUUUCGACACCAUUGUAGGAGUAUACAUUUACACAAUCUUUUAGUGCAAAAUUCAUCAGCAUCUACCAGUUUAUAAACUGAAUAUACCUCUUAGAAAAUUCUAAUUUUAGAAAUAUCUGAACUUGUAUACAAUGAUGUUAAUGAGCCACUGUCUGGAAUUAAACAAUUGCAAUUAUCUAAAUAUCCAAAACAAGGGAUUGACUAAAUAUUCCAGCCAGUUCAUGCAAUAAAAUGCUGUACAUACAUUAAAAAGAAUAAGUUAUAUAUCUACAUGAACAAAUGUGGAAACAAAUCAUAAAAGAUAUUACCAAGUAUAGUGAUAUGCAAAUAAUGUGCUAAUAUAUGUUCGCAUAUGCAAACAAUUUUGGGAAAGAAAUACAGCAAACCAUCGAUAAUGCUUAAAAGGGUAGGGGUCAAAUUAUGAAGAACUUUUGUUCUAUAUUUGUUAUACUUUUAUAUUAUUUCAAAAUUUGACUAUAAUGUAUUUUAAAUUUUAAAAUGUAUAUUUCUCUUUGCUAAAAAAGCACGGGAAAAAAGAAUUAUUUUAUAUUUAAUUCCCAAAAAAAAAGAUCUAACAAGGCAAGAAAAAAUAAUUUACUCAGCAAAUGAAGACGUGGUUCAGAAAACCCAAUUUGGUUGGUAAAAUGAACAUCUAAAUAGGCAUGUAAGGUGAGAAUUAUAAGGAAGACACCACAGUAAAAA